AUGACCGUGUUAUAUCAAGUAUUCGUGACCCGUCAGAGCGCCUCAAUGACUGCGAAUGGCCCAUCAUUAUCCGGUCAGCAGAUCCCCAUGGGAACCAGAAAGUGGUGGAUAGAACAGAGCUGCAAAGUAUCUGUUAUAACAGCACACCAUCUACCAAAACAGCAGCUUCGAACGAAAUCAACAUACGAAGGUUGCUCCACUAUCUCAAUCCAUCUAUCUUUUCAGUUGAUUGGCAACUGUGUUGUGGCUCAAAGUAUGUUGCCUCGUCCAAAAUUGAACGAAAUGAUAGGAGUCAAUGUAGGAUUUGGGUUGGCCAUCGCUUUCGGUGUCGCUAUAUCGGCCAAGAUAUCAGGUCAGCAGUACAUCUCAUACAUUACAGGAGGUCACAUCAAUCCUGCCGUGUCGCUGAUGUUCGUCAGUUUCCGUCAGCUGGCGCCCGUGCGCUUUGUGCUCUACGCCCUUGUUCAAACUGCUGGUGCUUUUGUUGGCGCAGCUCUUACCUACGCUCUUUAUCACGAAGCUAUUAACGCAUUCGACGGAGGAGUUCGAACUGUUGUUGGAGCUAAAGCCACUGCAGAAAUCUUCGCUUCGUAUCCGGCUGCUCAUCUGGGACUUCUUAACGGUCUAGUCGAUCAGGUCAUUGGCACGGCUGUAUUCUGUUUUCUAAUCGCUCAUGUUACUGACAAAAAGAACUCGUACCCGACAUGGCUUCAGCCUCUCCUCGUCGGAUUGUCGUUCGUGGCUGUCGGUGCAGCUUUCGGUUACAACUGCGGUUAUCCGUGUAAUCCAGCCAGGGACUUUGGACCACGACUCUUCACGUUUGUGAUCGGAUACGGUGGAGAGGGAAGUCGAUUAUCAGUUUUCAGAUACAAAUCAUGGUUCUGGGUUCCAAUCGUCGGUCCAUUUAUUGGAGCACUGAUCGGAGCUUGGCUGUACCAGUUAGCCAUCGGCUUCCAUACUCCACAUGACGUGGAGGAGAAAUAUGUUGUAUUGACCGGAAAUCAAGAACUCAAGCCACUCACAACAAAAGAGUAA